AUGCAAUUUUCAAUUGCAGCUGAAUUCGUUCCAGAGAAUGGCCUGCCACGACGUUUGCGGACCGCAUACACAAACACCCAACUGUUGGAAUUGGAAAAGGAAUUUCAUUUCAAUAAAUAUUUAUGCCGGCCAAGAAGAAUUGAAAUUGCUGCCAGUCUAGAUUUAACCGAACGACAGGUAAAAGUUUGGUUUCAGAAUCGCCGCAUGAAACACAAACGUCAAACUCUUUCGAAAACUGACGAUGAGGACAACAAGGACAGUCUAAAAGGUGAUGAUGAUCAGUCCGAUAGUAAUUCCAAUUCAAAGAAAUCUUGUCAAGGCUGUGAGCUGCCAUCCGAUGAUAUACCAGAUUCAACAUCAAAUUCAAGAGGUCAUAAUAAUAAUACACCAAGUGCUACAAAUAACAAUGCCAGCGCUGGAAGUUUAACACCCAAUUCCACAUUAGAAUCUGGCAUAUCUUCCAAUCUUUGCGGCAGCAAUGCGGUGUCCGGUUCUAAUAUGGUCAGUGCUGACUCGAGCGUUGCUUCCAGUGGCAGUUUAGAUGAUGACAUAGAUGAGGGUCCCAUCAACAAAGUCAAGAAAAAAGACGAUCAACAUAUUAAAAAAGAAUCGGUCGUUUCAACUUCAACCAAGAUCUCACAAUUUAGUGGUUAUGAUACGUCCAUUUCUAUUGGAAUUGGUUCGGGCUAUAGACGUGACUCGGACACAUCAUCUCAACACAGUCAAGCGACGGCAAAUAGCAAUAGCGGUGCCGGCGGCAAACGUCGUUAUCAAAAUUCAAAUGCCGCUGCUAAUGCCGCCAAUAUAGCGGAUGGUGGUGGUAAUUCGUCAUUUUAUCCCAGUUACUACAACAAUAAGCAACCACAACAGCAAUUGCAGUCACCACAACAACAGCAGCAACAACCACCACAAACACCUUCACAAGAAUACUACGGCAAAUAUGAUAUUGAAUUCGCCGCCGCUAGUUCACCACAGCAUAUUGCCCAUAGACUACAACAGCAGCAGCAGCAGCAAUUACAAAACUCAACACAUAUGCAAGUACCGACGAAUGGUGAAUAUCUAAGUCCCAAACCAGACUUUUUGGCUGUAUCACAAAGUUCACCGCAUCUCAAGUCGGGGAACGAAGUGGCAUCGAAAGUACAUCAUGGUCCCAAUGUUUUCCAUCAUCCACCACCACCUUCUACCACAGCUACGACUCAGCAAAUACAACAACCAUUUUAUAAUCACCACACUGGUGAAACAUUGCAGUACAAUGCUUACAAUCACCACACUCAUCAUGGUGGCAAUUAUGUGGGUCCACCACUAAGUCAAACACAACAACAAAUACCUGGAGAAUUUGAUGCCAGUGGCAAUUUUUAUGAUCCCAAAACUCAAGCUCCCAAUGGAGCUUAUUAUGAGCAAAUAAGUUUCCAACAGCAGCAGCCUACAGAAUUCCAUCACCACCAUCAGCAACAACAGCAGCAGCAACACAGUAUGCCUCAUAUAAAUGCAGCUACAGCGACAGCCUUGGGCAUACACAUGGAAGCGGCACCACCUCCGCCACCAUCGUUGCCAACCAGUCAACACACUCAAAUACAACAACCCUUCUAUAACAAUCAUCAUCACCACCACCAUCAUCAUCACGCACAACACCAUGGUGGUGUGGAACAGCAAUAUAAUCCCCACGGUUAUAAUCAACACGGACAUUUUACUCACCAUCAGCAGCAUCAACAACCAAUGAGUGACAAUCAUGUGGUCCCUCCCAUGCCCGGCGAUGUUCUCUUAGACACCGAUCCACCACCACAUAUUCACAUACCAACUGGUGGUCCCAAUAACAAUUUCGUUAAUCCUGCCAAUGUUCAACCGCCCACAAUGCCCGCCCAUAAUGCAAAUUUUCCACAAACUGGACCGGUUGCUAAUCUUAAUGGUCUAGUUGAUAAUUCCAAUAGCUCAUCAGAUUUUAAUUUCUUAAGUAAUUUAGCAAAUGAUUUUGUACCCGAAUAUUAUCAAUUAAGUUAG